UAAGAAGCAAAAUAAGUGCACAUCUCCCAACAUCUAUAUAGGACUGAAAGAGGUUACAUCAAGAAGAAGAUAGGUACCUAGUUACUUUUAAAAUCGCCCAUCGGCUGAUGUGACGUCAUCUGGAAGAAGCUAGAAAAUAGAUAAAAAGAAAUGAUACCUGGUAUGGUGAGUACUCCUACUGGAGUAUUGACAGAAGAUGACUCAGUAGAUCAGUUAGAAGCCAGUUUACCCAACAAUCAUGAGCAAAUUACAGCGCCUAAGCCAACUAGAGAAUACAAAAUACAAUUAGUUUGGGAAAGUAUCAUCUUCUAUCCGUAUAUACAUUUAGCUGCCCUAUAUGGUGCAUAUUUAGCAUUAACAUCCGCCAAAUUAUCAACUAAUAUUUGGGCUUUUCUAUUAUACUUCGCCAGUGGGUUUGGAGUUACCGCUGGCGCUCAUAGACUAUGGACACAUAGAUCUUACAAAGCCAAAUGGCCAUUAAGAGUGAUAUUAAUUAUAUUCAACUCGAUCGCAUUCCAGCAUAAUGUGUACAAUUGGUCCAGAGAUCACAGGGUGCAUCAUAAGUACACGGAAACGAACGCCGAUCCGCAUAACGCGAAACGUGGAUUUUUCUUCUCCCAUAUAGGAUGGCUGUUGUGUCGCAAACAUCCAGAUGUUAUCGAGAAAGGAAAAGAAAUUGAUUUGUCUGACUUGGAAGAAGACCCCAUCGUUGUAUUCCAAAAAAAAUACUAUUCAAUCAUGAUGCCGCUUUUAUGCUUCAUUAUUCCUACAGUAGUACCAGUUUACUUUUGGGGUGAAUCUUGGUCAAAUGCUUGGCAUAUUGCCGCCAUAUUCCGAUACACGUUUUUCUUAAAUAUAACUUGGUUAGUGAACAGCGCCGCUCACAUGUGGGGAGACAAACCAUAUGACAGAUAUAUUAAUCCAUGCGAAAACAAAGGUGUCGCGUUCGCAACCCUAGGCGAAGGAUGGCACAAUUAUCAUCACGUGUUCCCAUGGGACUACAAGACGGCUGAACUAGGAGACUACUCGCUUAAUCCGACAACUGCGUUUAUCGACUUUUUCACUAAGAUCGGUUGGGCUUACGAUUUGAAAACUGUAUCCGCCGAAAUGGUCAAGAAACGCGUGGAAAGAACAGGAGACGGUAGCCAUCCGGUUUGGGGAUGGGGUGAUAAAGAUAUCACGAAACAAGACAUCGACACAGCGGUAGUCAUCAACAAGAAAGACGAUUAAAUUACGAAGUGCUCACCAGUGGUGGAUCGGAAAAAAUGUUUGGUCUUUGGUUUCGCUGUAAUCGAAGUACGUGCGGGAGAUAUCGAGUCCAAAUGACCCCAAAGAGAAAUACUACAAAAUUAGAUAAACCUUAUUGUAUUUAUGACGAAAAUACAGAAAUGAUAAGUA